CCUAACACUGUUAGUGCGAGGCACACCCACCUCGCCCGGCCGCACCCCUGCGCAGCAGCAUGUCCGCGCUCGAGUGGUACGCCCACAAGUCUCUGGGCGAUGGCAUCUUCUGGAUCCAAGAACGCUUCUACGAGUCGGGCAACCGUGCCAACAUCUGGCUAGUGCGCGGCUCUGAGCAGGACGUGGUGAUCGACACGGGCCUGGGGCUGCGCAGCCUCCCGGAGUACCUCUACUCUUCCGGCCUCUUGCAGGAUUGCGGGGCUAAGGAGGAUGCGGGGCGCCGGCCGCUGCUGGCCGUAGCCACCCACGUGCACUUCGACCACUCCGGCGGCCUCUACCAGUUCGACCAGGUGGCUGUGCACCGCGCCGAGGCGGAGGCCCUGGCUCGAGGGGACAACUUUGAGACCGUGACCUGGCUCUCUGACAGCGAGGUGGUGCGGGCGCCCAGCCCUGGCUGGAGGGCCAGGCAGUUCCGAGUGCAGGCUGUACAGCCCACCCUCAUUCUGCAGGAUGGGGAUGUGAUCAACCUUGGCGACAGGCAGCUCACGGUUAUGCACAUGCCAGGUCACUCCAGAGGCAGUAUUUGCCUACAUGAUAAAGACCGCAAGGUUCUCUUCAGCGGCGACGUGGUGUAUGAUGGAUCACUGAUUGACUGGCUCCCGUACAGCAGGAUAAGUGACUAUGUUGGAACUUGUGAACGUCUCAUUGAGUUGGUGGACAGAGGGCUUGUGGAGAAGGUCCUUCCGGGGCACUUCAAUACCUUUGGUGCUGAGAGGCUCUUUCGCUUAGCUUCUAACUAUAUUUCAAAGGCUGGGAUAUGCCACAAAGUGUCUACUUUCGCCAUGAGAUCCCUCGCAAGUUUAGCUCUCCGCGUAACCAAUCCUAGGACCUCACCCUAGAGUCUGCACGGAUCCUGUGUUUGCAUUAACGGUGUAAAUUAACCCCGCUCCCUUUUCGUUGCUCGUGAGCAUUUCAAAAGUGUUUUUAUAUCACCAUUGUAUAUUAGAGAAAAAGAGGAUUAAGAAUGAGGAAGCCAAAAGGAAAGCAGAGUCUUAGCUUAGAAUCUUCCCCCCA